AUGACAGAAUUCUUAGACCAGAAUUAUCCUAGCAAACAAACUAAAGAAAUUAUUAUGACAACUGCACAAGAAUUCUUAGACCAGAAUUAUCCUAGCAAACAAACUAAAGAACAAGUAAAAUCUAUUGAUAUACAUUGCUCUUCAAUAUUUAUUAACAAAAAGCAAAAAGCGAAUAAUCUAACAAAAGGAAAAUUAGAUUUACGAGAAUUUAUAAAUUUGGAAGAAUUUAUUACCAGCGAAAAUGCUGCUAAGAUGAUUAUUGAAAUAGAUGUGAAAAUAACCGAUAUUGUUUUGCCCGAUAGCGAGUUUGGUAACUUUGGUCAACUAAAGCAAGAAAUAGUAAGGUUAAGAUUGGAUGUGUUAACUCCUCAAUUUCAAAAUAAAAAGGCCGAGUUAGAAGAAUUAGCACAAAUUGCUAAAAAUAAGGCAGGAGACAAUUUGGAAGCAAUAGUUAGCCUGCUUCUGCGAACUCAAGCUUCAAUAAUUAAACGAAAAAAAGGAAAUGACUCCUUUGCCCAGGAUCAAUUAGAAGCUUUUCGAGAUAUAUUACAAAGUAAAUUAACUAGCGAAGAAUUAAAGACUUUACUAAGCAAGCAAAUUGAACUUACUAAUUCAGAGGAACAAUUAAAUAAAUUACAGCAAAUUCGAGACCAGCAAGCUGCCCCAAUCCUCCACAACAAUCACUAG